AGUUACUACCAUGGAUAACAAGAUUUUGAAUCAAUAUUACGAAAAGAAUGUAAAGAUGAGGCGUGAUGAAACUGAGCGGAACACUAAAGUGGUGUUACCACUGGUGGAGGAUAUAUUAAGGUACGUUAACCAGAGAGACAAACGAUUUAUGAUUCAAACGGUUAAGGUGGGGAGUUAUCAUACUCACCUGAAAGUUAAGCGGGCCGACGAGUUUGAUUUCAGUGUCGUUGUUGAUGUCGGUCAGUUACACUGGAAGUCAGACACCCAGCCAAGGUACUAUGGGUUUGACAGCAACAAUAACAAAGUUGAGAGUAAGGGUGCUGCUCUUCCAAGUCCUCCCGUUGGCCAGUAUUUUACUGUAAUUCCCAGUCUUAGGGAUCAGUGGGAUCGUGAAGGACUUAACGACGGAGGAGCGAGCAUUACUUUUCAGAAUGAUAUCGUGCCAAUUAAGGUCAAAAGGAGAUUUAAGUCUCUUGUUGCAGAGGCGGUGAACCAACCGAAGAUAAGAAGUCGUGUCAAGAUGGACCGUCUGUCGGAAUCCCCUGCAAUCACCUUCUCUGUAGAGCUUCCGAAUGGAAAGUAUCCAAUCAGCAUCGAUUUAUGUCCUAUGAUUGAAUCAAAAUUAGAAUUUAAAAGUGAAUUCAACUGGCCAAGAGUGUCUUCCGAAUGGCCUUCUAACCAGAAGAUUUCUUGUAUCAAGAAUAUCGGGAUACAUGAAGUAGCGAAGGCGCCAUUUUACUGGACAUUGUCGUUUGCCGCCUGUGAGAAGGAACUUUUGGAAGGCGUUGACGAGAAUGGAACAUGCAGGAGAAAGUGUCUUCGCAUUCUCAAGACACUAAAAGAAAAUAUGUGGUGCAAACCGGGUGUCAAAAAGGGGUUAACAUCAUAUCAUCUUAAGAACGUAUUGUUCUGGGAAUGUGAGGAUCGUCCCUCUGAGACUGAAUGGCAGCAGGAACUGCUGGCGGAAAGAGUGACCACUAUGACGUAUCGUCUUCUCGGCUAUCUCCAAAGAGGAAACCUGCCACUGUACUUCCAUACCGGAGUCAACUUGCUCGCAAGUAAAGAUAAAGAUGUACUCCAUCAGGUAGCGACAAGGAUCAGUUCAUUUCUACAUAAUCCAGAGCAAUACUUACGUUGAUAACUUUUAUUCAUUAAGUUGUAUUCCUAUAUUUAAUAAUUAAAUUGCCAACACUGCAAUUUCGUAUGUAAUAAUAUUAUCUUUGCAUUGUUUCUCAUGUCAUUUAUCCACUGAGGCUGUUAUUACUAUUGCUAUUUUAGUGGUAUAACAUCUAGGACUAGACUUAUUAUAAAAUCACCGUACGUAUAAAUUAAAUCUUUCUAGCUUUAUUUUAUUCAGCAUAGUCACGUUUAUAUAGAGUUAUUUUUCUUAAAUCCUGAAUUUUGUAUAUAAUUUAACCUUCUUCGUUACCAAUUUAUAAAAAUUGA